AAUCAAAAACUUCUUCAAGCAACCCAGCUCCCAGUACAACAUCUGACACCAUGGCCUGCUGUACUACUAGCUUCUGUGGAUUCCCCAGCUGUUCUACUAGCGGAGCCUGUGGCUCCACCAACUGUCAGCCCAGCUGUUGUCCCACUAGCUGCUGCCAGUCUGCCUCUUGCACCACCAACUAUUCUGGGACCAGUUGUGGCACUGGUGGAAACACUGGUGGUAGCCAGGCAGGUGGCUCCAGAGCUGUAACCUGCCGAGUCCGGUGGUGCCGCCCUGAUUGUAGUGUGGAGGGCACCUGCCUACCCCCCUGCUGUGUGAAAAGCUGCACCCCCCCGACCUGCUGCCAGCUGCACCAUGCCCAGGCUUCCUGCUGCCGCCCAUCCUAUUGUGGACAGUCUUGUUGUCGCCCAGCCUGCUGUUGCCAGCCCACCUGCUCCCAGGCCACCUGUUCCCAGCCCACCUGCUCCCAGGCCACCUGCUCCCAGGCCACCUGCUCCCAGGCCACCUGUUCCCAGCCCACCUGCUCCCAGCCCACCUGCUCCCAGGCCACCUGUUCCCAGGCCACCUGCUCCCAGCCCACCUGCUCCCAGCCCACCUGCUCCCAGCCCACCUGCUCCCAGGCCACCUGUUCCCAGCCCACAUGUUCCCAGACUACCUGCUCUCAGACCACCUGCUCCCAGACCACCUGCUCUUAAUCCACUUGCUAUGAAGACAGUUGCUAAAAGUCAUUUUGCUGAUUUUUAAGUUGAAUUUCAACUUUAAACCCAAUCCAUGAACUAAUAAUCUCUACAACCACACCUGGGUCACUAAUAAAUUCUUAAAUAUUUA